CAGCAAGCAAACGGGAGCUUUCGUUCGGGUGCUGUCAAGUUGGUUGGUUCAUUUUCUUUUACGCGAUCGAAUCGAGAAGAAAGAAGCGACUAAUUUUCCGCGAACCGAAGAGUUUUGUACUCGUUUUAUAUUGUUUCUGGAAGCAAAUUAUGUAGCUAAUCGUACCAAAAUCGUUAGGCACGCAUACAUAUUACUUCUUGGAACCUACGGAAUUCGGAAAAUUGUGUGGAAAAAUUGUGUCGUUAUAUUUUUCUGCUCGUCACUUAUACUCUUCUCCGGGUUUUUUUUAGUUUUGUUUCGCGAUCGCGCUCAAUUGUACGAUCGGUUAAUCCAGUGUGCUGUAAUCGAGAAAAUAUAAUUCACAGAUUUGGUAUUUGGAGAAGCUGGAAGCUGAAACUAGUUUGGUUAGAAGAAAAGAAGCUAUAAACCGUUCCACGCACCAUAGCAGAAAGAAGUUUGUUGGAUGUUUGCGGAAAGCCCACAAGUAAUGAAAUAAGAAAAAAAAAGCAUAGUGAGUGAGAUCAGCGCAGUGAUCAGAGCAUCGCCGGCAAGAAUAAAACAACGACGACAGCGCGAAGCGAUUCGAAGAAGAAACAAUCAAAAUAGUGCCCGCUGUUGUGUAUUUCGUCACAGUUUCGAAGCCGCAGGGGCCGAAUGGUGUGUGAGUGAUUCCCCUCUCAGUGUAUAUAAAUAUUUCGAUAUUGUUGUUGAGCACAGCAAAACAAAAGGCUGAAGUUUGAUCUCCGCCCGUCAAUUGGCGUACCCAGUUCGAUUGAUUUCGUUGCGAUUUUUACGUUCUGCUCAGGUAAAUUGUGCGUACGGUUCAAUUGUGUGUGUGUGUGCGGUGUCGAGUGCUCACCGUAUCGCCGUACCUCCGUGGAACCGGCCCGCGUCGUGUAUCGCAGUUGGCAACAGACAGCGGCUGCUAAUCCAGACUCCACGGAAUCCGGACCUCCGGUGCGGCAAAGGAGUCAGUGAGUGGUGACGGUGCGAUUUUGAGGACGAUAGGAAGCAGCAUCGUACCACAACUGGGCAGCAGCAGCAGCAGCCGAAACGCUGAACGGCAAAAGUGAAACCACAAUGGUAUCCACACGACAGAUGACCGGUGCCACGACAGAGGACACCACUUUCUAUCUGUUCCGCUCCUCGACCAACAGCUCCAGUCAGUUUUCCUCGAAUCGCAGCACCGCCACACAGAGUCACCAGCAGAGCAGUGUCACAAAUGCAGCCGGUACCAGCAACAGCGGGAUGACGGUGGCUGUACUCCACUCCUCCCAGCAACCGCCACCGUCAGCGCUGGAGCAAAGCCUGAAUCUGCUAGAUAUGCCAAUCGAGAUCCUGGGACACAUAUUCGCCUACGUUGGCUACAAGAAAGUGGCACAGAUGCGAGUGGUAUCACACCAGAUGAACCAAGUGUGUAGCACAAUCCUCAACUCCACUUUUCAGAAGUUACAAACACAGAUGCUGAAUCGUUUUCAGAUUGUCAAAGCAAAAAUGCCACGCAGAGAAUCCGCCCGACGGAACCACCCGCUGGCGUGCGAAUGCGAUAUACUGGAAACGUGUUGGAUGCGUCUCUCGCUGCUGCAGAUGACAUUUGGCAAACAUAUCGAGCGGAAGCAUUGCUGUUUUUUCCCAGGCGGGAUACUGGAUGAGGUGUAUUCAGUAUUGAAUUACAUUCGAACUACACCGAUGCUGGCCCGACCUUUCAAGGUUACAGAUGAACUGUUCGACCUUUCAACGAUGGCCAUGGAGUACUUUAGGGAGCACCUGGAACCAAACUUACCUGAUAUCGCAUAUUUUAAUAAGGAUUACACAUCUAGUACAAAACCGUUUGCGGCACUGGAGGUUUCCUCCUCUAUCCGGUCUCGGGACACAUCCACCUCUAGCUCGUCCUCACCACCGCAAAGUAAUAUGGUGCUCCGAAAGGGUAUUCGCAAAAUCAAACAGGGAAUGAAAAGAUACAACAAUCAAUUAUCGGUAUUGCGUAGCGAGUUGCGUACUUGCAAACGGAAGGCAACAGAACAAGCUAAGCAAAUUGCCGAGCAACAGAAAUUACUGGCGGAGCAACAGAAACAAACUCUAGACUAUGCAAGUCGGCUCGACGAGAACGACAAGAAGAACGAGGAGAUAGCUAGGAAGUUUUCCACGUUGCUACAGGAAUUGAACAAAUGCAAAACUGAGCUUCAGUAUUGGCGUUCCAAGAGCCCGGUUACCCCUAACUGUAAUGCCUGUGGACAAGCAAUCAUACCCAUGCCCCAGGAUGAACUGCAGGCUCUAGUUAACCAGGGUGUUCGGCCGGAAGAAGUAGGGCUGGCAGUUAUUCCCGAGGAACCGGCCAACCUGGUAGAAGAGGAAAAUGUUAGCAAUCUGGAUUUAGACAUACAACCCAUGUCUCCGAUAGCACCGAUUGCAGUGGUAGCAUCUGGAGCGGCAGUAAUCGGUUCCCCUCGGAGUCAAAAAAGGAAAUUCGAACAUGUGGAAAGUGCAAGCGAUGAGUUGAACUGCUGUAGCAAUGGUGAUAGCGAAACAGUGUCAGCUUCAUCUUCUCUCCGCAACCCACCGUUUGCAUCAGCUCCGUUGGCCUCUCUGGUGGCAUCUUAUUCGUCGUCGGCUGGACCAUCGACGGCAUCCACCGCUUCAUGUCCAUCUACUGUAGCAUCAACAUCGUCAGCGUCAGCCAUGCUUCCGCUGGUUGAACCCACCUGCUCCUCCCCAUUCUGCAACACUUUGUCGGCUGUCCCAACUGCUGGCACAUCAACAGUUGCUCUGGUUGAUGGUAGCUGUAACAACAGCACUAGUGAUAAUGGUAAUCAUAAAAAACUACGAAGAGUACAAAAUAAAGCUAGAUCACAAACUAAUCACAGUAAUAAUAGCAACGUGGCUAAUUCUAACACUAAAACAACUAGAAGUAAGCAGUUGGAGAAAUAAAUGUAUAAUAAGUUGAUCUUAAUCAUCAAUUCGCAAACACGUAGCGUAGAUUUGAACAACUGAAUUUUAUGUAGGAACCUAAUUCCUGGAAACAGAAUGAAUUUGAUAGAAUGACAAUUUUUAGUUAAUUGAUUUAAGAUUUCUCUCCAACUUUGUCUAUCAAAUUAGAGCUGCUAUAAUGUUUACUGUAUAUCCAUGUAUACUCUUCUGGAUAUGUUUACGUACUAUUGUUUUAUUCUUCUACUUUGGCACUGGGGUUUAAAUGAGAACUAAAUUAUUUCUUUCAUCAAUCAAAUGAAUACAUUUAAUACCAAUAUUGUUUGUCUAAACAACAUAGAUAUCUAAAAUACACGCAGUCAUGAUUGUGAUGUUGUAGUUUCAUAAACAGUAUGAUUUACACUAUAUCGUCAAUACACAAUGAACAGAAGAGUAAACAGCACUUGAGAUGUCACCCACACUAAACAAAGGAAACAAUACAAUAAAAAGUAGUUGAUAAACUUCCGCUUCACCCAGACCUACUCACCCACAGCCAUUAUUAUGCUCCGAAAAUAGUGUUGUAUCUAUUCUCCCGUAAUCUGAGGUUGACGUUCUAAAUCAAUUUUAAAAUGCUAGCUUACAGCUGCGUUAUUUCAGCUAAAGUUAGAAUAAUGCCAUCGGAUGUAUGUGACUUUAGGCUUCCAUCAGCCUAGUAAACAACAAAUUUCGAUGAAAGCGAGACCGAAAAUAAAUUAAUUUUUGGUGAUAUAUCAUUUUAAACCGUACCACUCAAAUUCACUCCCAUGCAAACAGCUAAUUGGUAACCGACCUAGGACAAACAUAACCAUAAACAGCAGCAUUCUUUGUGUCACAAUAGUAAACUAUAAUAGAAACAAGUAUCUUAACAAUAGCUUAAAGAAGACCACCAACCGAUUAAUACGUAUACGAAUUCAUGUACACAUACCAAACAGAACAAACACAGAAUUUCCGAGGUGUUGGAUAGUCUUGAAUCCUAACAACCGACAAUGGUUUCAGGUUACUGUCACUAACACAUACUUUUUUUACUAUCACUUGGAAACUAAAGUGUAAGGCAAUAGCUGAAAGUUUAUUUCAUUUGGUUUUCGGUUGAAUUGAACGUACAGUGCAAAACUUUUAUUGUUUCUCAAUGCUCAUGUUCUGAAACUAUGUCAAUUUGGAUUUACUGAUAAAAUAUUUGGCUCGACAGUUGAAUGUCAUUGAUCAUUUUGUUACGAGAAGAAAAAGAAAUAUCACAGGCGGUGGCCACUUUCCACCAGACAGAAAACUGAGCUAAGAAUAAUAAUCAAUUAGCCGUGUAAAUAUUUAAUUAAACGACUAUUCAUUUUUAUUAGUGAUGGAUACAUUUACAAAACGAAGAAUAGAAAACAUAACUGACAGAAAAAAAACGAAGCAUACAAUGUAUUAAAUCGCUGGGUAGUCAUUUAUCUAGAAAAGCUUAAACAAGAGUAUAAAUAAUAUUCACUCUUCAUCAAAAAAGGCAUACUGUGAACAUCCUAUAACUGAAACAAAAUAAAUACUUGGUAAUGAGAAUGGUUAUCUGAACUCUGAAAACACACAAAACACAAUGAUAAAGAUAAAAGUGUAGUAAACUUUUCUCUUAUAUAUACAAUAUAUACAACAAAACAAAAAUAACUAAUUAUUAUUUUUGUAGUAGAUGCUAGUUUUGUAAAACAAUUUACAGUGGAUCGUGGCUGCGAGAAAGCGAAUUAAUAUUCAGAAUAGAAGAUCAGAAAGAUUUGACCCUAAGAUGCACUUUUUCUCGUGUGCCACGCUCCGUUAGCUCUCGUCUAAUUGUGGUAGUGACACUUUCGUAAACUUUCUAAUUCUGCUAGAAACUGUAUGGAGAAUUUAAGAUUUAAAAAGUGGAUCAAACAAAACAAAUACACACCCUAAAUUAAGGCAAGUUAGUUUGAUUUAAAAUAAUUUGACGAGAAAAAAAAAGACGACUUAACUGAUGAGGCAAAAUAAGAAUAUCGUUUAAAUUUUACGUGCAGGGAUAUGGAAAAACGAAAUAUAAAAAUACAAUGCGGACAAAAGUAAGAUGUUUUAGAUGCGUACCCUUUUCUAGUAAUAUUGACUGUUUGUAGACCCCUUUCUCGUUUUUUUCCUGGAAAAUGCAAAUUGAAAAAAUCAAAAAGAGCAAAACAUUCAUACACUCAACCAUUCGAAUUAACGAACAAAAACUAAACAAAUAAAAUGUAUGAAUAGGUAGAAUGUGAUAAAGAACAUAAUUAAAAAAAGUCACAAACCGCAACGCUAAAUUGUAUGACAUUAGCGUGAUUAACGUUGAUUCCGAAUUAUUUCAGUUUUUCGUUUCUGCGGACCCUUCUCUUAGGACUCUCUUAGCAAAAGUAUCAGGAAAAGCACAUAUGACGUGCUUUUCUUCCUGACUCAACUAGGCUGACCGAUCGUGUUUGGCAAUCAAGGCUUUUACAUUUCGGAUAGCUAACAUCGUGGUUCGGUAGGUUCACUGGAUUGUGACUCGAGUUUUAAUGGCUAUGGUCACUCAUACAGAAACGGAAGUUGAAAAUGCAAGGAAUCAGCCGAGAAUUGAAUACACGAUGAAUUUUAAUCCCAUCUCUGUUAACUCAAAACAAAAUAGGUAUUUUAAGAAGUUUUCUUCUGUAUUUCUCGUUGCACAAGAGUAAGAAUAUAUUAUUAAUCAAUCAAGACAAAACAAACGUGCAGAAAAAAUACAAAAAUAAAACAAAAAACAAUAAAAAGCAAGAGGUAAGAAUGCA